CGCUGCCCAUCGGAAGUCCUUGAAACUCGCUCAGACCCUAAAAUCUACCCUAAGAAAUAGUCUAUGUAUUGGUGAAGUUCGAAACUUCGCUUCAAGUCGUCGUACUGAGUUGAUUUCCGGUAUUCAAUGCUGCAAUGUUAUCCCUAAAUUGAACAUGGCUUCCGAGAACAGUGGAAACACCGUGUCAAAUGAACAGCACCAUGUAAAUAGUGUGAAAAAGCGAAUAAAGGAUGUGAAAGCCGGCGACGUAUCGAACCCAUCGAAGUCAACCGAGUCGUCAAAGCUCACGCGGUCAUCGAAAAGCCCGAAAAGAAACGGGGCGAACGACAACAACGCAGAUAAAAACGCGUCGUACGCGCGCUCAGCCAACAAAGUUGUAGCGUCCAUCGGGACGCCCACGAGACAAACAACAACGUCGUCGAAUCCCGACGCCGAUACCGAUCACCAAGGAUCUCCGCGUCACCUUACGUCCUGCAAAUCACCCGGACAACCGGGAACGGAACGAGUUCCCGUCAACGCUGUUGGCAAAGCAAAAAUACCCCCCCAAGUUCCCCGCCAACAAACACCAGCCCUACAGCCCACCAGUGCACCAGACUACUUCACGACGAACGCAGACAGAUCCCUGGCUCCUUUGGAAGCAAAUGAGGACGUGAGCCAAUGCCGAGGCAAGAAAUUUAGCAAAUCUUCGAGGAUUCCAUCACAUCAUUCUAUGAAUGCCGACUCCACCUACGUUGGCGAAUCUACGCCAGCUAUAAAUCCUCUGAGUUUUCCAACGAAACUCGAGGGUUGCGGAAAUGUGUCCAACAGAACCCCUCAGCAUGGAGAAAGUCCACAGAGCAGCGGCGAUAUAUUCAGUAGUCCAAGAAGCCCGGACUAUCCUCCUAGGGUUCCUACCAGCCCGAACAGUCCGGAUACAACGAUAACAACGACCACCGCCGCUACGAAUUCUUCGUCGAUAAACUUGGCAACAAAUUUAACGAACGCGGUUGAUAAAUCGGAAAAAGAGACGUCCGGAAAUGAUGCCGAAAGUCCGGGAACACCAUUGAUGGACGAGCCGUUUUGCCCCCUACUCACGAAUCCCAGCAACGAUGUUUCCGCGACCCCGCAACCCAGUGUAAAGGAGGAAAUGGGUGAUGAACAAGACGGCAACGGCAAGGAGUCGAAGUUUUUGGAGAUUUGUGUGAAGAAAGAGCCUCCGGAUUCGGGGGAAAUCAAGGCAGAGACAAACGAUGAUGAGAUUUGCGUUUCCGACGAUGCAAAGGUCGAGAUUCAUUCCACGACGGAGCAGAACGCGUCUUCGAAUCUCCCUCCGACCUCUACGACCAACGAGAAUCACAAAACCCAUUCGCAUUCGACUAGAGAAAAACGGGGCAGGGAACACAGCGAGCGAAGACAUUGCUCGAGAUGUUACAAGAGAAGUAAGAUAAAAAGAGCCAGCAUCGGAGUCCAGUGUCGCAGAGAUCGUGGCGCUCUGCCUCUCAUCAAUCACAAACCCGUUUCUCAGGCACUGACAACGACGAUGACAGAUAAUAUGAGGCUCAACUUACAGACCAAGAGUUAUAAGACUAUGAACAAAAUUACGGAGAGUAAGGAUCACCUUGAGGGACUGAAGUACAGGAAGUUCAUCCACGUCGAAACUUAUCCGAAUGGGGGAGCCAGCGUUGUCCACAUGUACCAAGAAGAACUCGACGCCCUGACCAAAGAAGAAGUCGAGAAACUGGCUCAGGAAUAUUUUAAAAUUGUGUUCGGCGAAGACGAGAACGGUAACGCCCACCACGUGAUGGGUAUCGUUCAUAACGCGGCCGCGUAUCUUCCGGAUCUCCUCGAUCACAUGGCCGACAACUAUCCUUCGUUGACUGUUAAAAAUGGCGUCCUCGGACGCAACAGUGACAUCGAAACCACCACCAUGUUACAAUACAAAGAACAGGCCUGCAAGACAUUCAGUAACGGAACAGUGAGAUACGGUCCUCUUCACCAAAUCAGCCUCGUCGGUACUGUCCAUGAAGAAGUGGGAGGAUACUUUCCCGAUCUACUUCAGAGGCUCGAAGAAAACCCAUUUCUCAGAAUGACGAUGCCUUGGGGACCCUUGUCCGUAGUGAAAAUGGAAACUCCCCAGGAAUCGAACGACGGACCGAUCCUCUGGAUCAGGCCGGGUGAGCAGCUCGUUCCUACCGCUGACAUGAACAAAAGUCCCUGCAAACGUCGGAGAACAGGUAUAAACGAGUUGCGAAACUUGCAAUACCUUCCGCGACUGAGUGAGGCCCGCGAGUACAUGUUCGAGGAUCGUACGAGAGCUCACGCCGACCACGUGGGUCACGGUUUGGACAGAAUGACCACAGCGGCUGUCGGCAUACUGAAAGCCGUUCACGCGGGUCAGUCCUACGACUACAACAGGAUAACGAAGGACGUGGUGGCGUUUUAUGCCGGCGACUUCACGGAACUGGUGGAAAAACUUCAGCUCGAUUUGCACGAGCCGCCGAUAUCGCAGUGCGUUCAAUGGAUCGAAGACGCGAAACUGAACCAGCUGAGGAGACAGGGGAUACGAUACGCGAAGAUAAACCUCUACGACAACGACAUAUACUUCUUACCGAGGAAUAUAAUCCACCAGUUCAGAACGGUGUCGGCGGUUUCCAGCGUGGCGUGGCACGUGAGAUUAAAGCAGUAUUACCCGGAGAUGAGCAACAUGAAUAUCAGACACAGUCGCGCCGUAGCGGAGACGACACAUCACUUCAAGGAGAAAAAGAACAUGGAAAGGGUCGACGAGCAGAAGGAGAACGCCGAUCGUCAACGCGGGGAACACAGAGUCAGCACCGAUUCCCUGGAGGAGAAGAAGGCGAAGGAAAGGGCCGCCGAGUAUCAGGGAAAUCUGAAGAAGUCGGACCAGCACAGCAAGCGAAAAGACGAUCACAAAUCCCGCGUCCACUCCAGACACAAUUCGAGUAAUCGCAGAAAAGAUUCCGUCGAUCCGAACAGUGCCCUGGGACAAACGAAUGCCCCGCAGCAGCAGCAGCAGCAGCAGCAGCAGCAAAACUACAAACACAAGAAGCGAACGGAAGAGAGGAAAAGGAGCCACGAUAACAAAAAGGAAGAACGAAGGAGCGAUAAGAAGCACGAAGAUAGACACCAUGGGAACAACAAAUCUAGUUCAUCUGGCGAUAAGAAGAAGCACAGUGGAAGCGGCAACAGUAGCAGCAGCAGCAGCCACAAAUCGGAUCACCAUCCUAGGCAUGGAAAAUCGAUGGCCUCGAACAAGCAAACUUCCGUCAGAGAAUCCCUCUCCGAAGCAGCGGACGACGCCAAAGUGAUGAAAACGUGCGACAAGAGGCCGGAGCUCGGUUCUUACCCUACGACGACCACUGUACUCCAGGAGAGCGAAGUUACGGAGAAAAUCGAACUCGACGACGAGAUCAUCUCGACCGGACAAACGUUGGGGAAGAACUACGCGACGGAAGUUGUCGACAAGGCGUUAGAAAUUGCCAUUUACAAGUCCAAAACAGACGUCGACGAGGUUUGCCAAUCCCUGAGAGACGCGGUGGCGGAGGCGUCGAAGGAUAUGGUCGAGAGGAUAAAGAAGGAGAGCUUCGACGUGGCGGAAAAAAAGUGUCCCACCGAUCCGUGCAAAACCGAGAAAUACUGUCGCUUGAUCGAGGCGGAAACAGUGUCCGCGUUUAUGUCCAAGCUCGAAUGCGCCACCGAGAAUGCCGUGAAAGCCCUCGUAGAAAUGGCGGAAGACGAGGCGAGGGACAGAAGAAAGAACGAGGAAAAAGCCGUCGCUAUCGAGCCGGCGAUGAACGGUACGCCCGACUCCGAACACGCUGUAAUAGCGACGCCCAGUUCCGUGGAAACUGAGAGUGAUAACGGUAAACGCUCGGAGGAGAAGUCGUCACCCAAGUCACCGGAGCGAAGACUGUCGACUUCGUCUCGUGUCGAAAGUGAGAAGAAACACAAGGACGAAAAAGACAGGGAUCAGAGGCACAAGGAGAGAAGAGAACGAGAGAGAAGGGACAAGGAUCACAAAAAGCACAGGAACCAUCGCAGCAGUCCUUACCCGAAAGCCGAAGCAAAGGACAGUGAUAAAGCGAAGGAAUCUGCGGGGCAGACUCCCAAAGAUUCUCCGUUAGUUCCCGAGCAAACGUCUUCUGGUAAACAGACAACGGGUGAUAGUAACGAUAGCAAAGAAACCGGGGAGAAGAAAUUUGAGAAGAGAAAAGAAUCGCAUCACUACCACCACCACAGUAGUAGUAGCGGCGGUUCGAGUCACAGGAAAUUGUCUUCAUCCUCCUCGAGUAGCGGCAACAAAAAACACCGGGAAGAUUCGUCCUCUUUGCAACCGCAUUCUUCUAGUUCGAGUCACAAGAGAAAAUCGACCUCGGGAUCCAACGAUGCGAAAAAAGAUGCUAAAAGACUUUGCGUAGAUGAAAAUCUACCGGCUACCGCAUCGCAGGAUGAUAAAAUAGGCAAUAACAACACCACGGGAACGUGAAAUGGGACUGAUAGAUUAAUGAAAACUAAAAAAGAGAAAAAAAUUUUUUUCAAAAAAAACUAGCGCCACAAAUUAUCCAAUUUUUAACGGAGAAAAAUAAUUUGUGUCGCUAAUAAUCAUGUAACACUAGAUACGGAUAUUUUAUUUUCAUAUCCAUUGUCGUUUCACAAUUUAUCGGAAUGACGAAAUACGUGAUUUCAACGUCGAACCCGAAACGGUUUUCCAUUAACAAUGUUUCGUUUCUUUGAUUCAGUUUUAAUUACUCGGUCGUAAUGAUCGUAAUCAUUGCCACGAUCAUUGAUUUCAACCCUUGUUCGUAUACGACACAGCGGCAUCAAACAUAUUCUUUCCCUUACCUCCCUUCUUAUUUCUUAUAUUCGCUUGUAGACGUAAAUGCAAAGUACGUGUGCAGCUUGUGAUAAUAAUUCUUCACAUCUCUUUUAUCAUUAUAUUAAAUUAGUGAUAAGAUAAUGAUACUAGUUUCGUUCAUCGUUCGAUUAGAUGGAGAUGAAAGAAAGUGAAAAAAAAUAAAAAAAAAAAGAGAAAAGAAAACUCAGAAGUAAUUUAAUGAACAAUAUUCGGGUGCUCAUUCAAAGGUAGUUCGAUCGCGACGCGUCGAUAUUAUUUCUUCUGCUUUUCUUUCUUUUUCUCAUUCAAAGUCUUUGAACGAAAGACAUGAACAACCAUUGUAAAAUCAUCUCUUUAUCAUUUGUUAUCUGUGUUCUCUUUUUCCUAUACUAUAAAAAUUGAUGUAAUUUAUAAAUCGUAAUAAUUAUUAAACAAGACAAAAAAAAAAGAGAGAAAGAAAAUUAAUAAUAUUAAUAAUAAUCAUACCUACAUACUUAUAUAUUAUAUGAAUAUAUAAAAAAUAGAUAAAUAUUUAAGUAGUAUUACAAGUCUAGCGGUUAGGUAAAUUAUAUUUUUCACUACUUAGAAAAUUCUUUUACUAUUUUUUUGGUUUUUAUUUGUUAUUAUUUUUUUUUUCAAUGUCGUUUUAAAAUAAUCAAUAUGGGUAGCCUUAAGACGAUAGCAUACGUUGUCGAUUAUUUAUCAAAAUGAAUACGAAUAUGAAUAACAGAAGACGAGAAAAAAAAAAGUAUAUAUAUAUAUAUAUAAAAUUAAAAAUUAAAACUAAGCCAAGUGAAAAACGAUUUUAGUCGAAAAUUUGAAGAAAAAAAAAAGUAAAAAAAAGUUGUAAGUAAAUGAAAAAGAAAAUAAUAAUAUUGGAAAUAACAAUGAUAAUAUAAUAGCAACAACAACACCCAAAAUUUUGGUAAUUUUAAGAAGAAAAAACAAAAAGAAAAACAAGAAAUCGCACGACGAAACUAAAAUACCCAUCGAGUAUGAUAUAAUACGUGUAUAGAUAAAAAAGCAAAGAAAAAAAAACAAGAAGAAUUUAUUUUACAGUUCCUUUUGUGAAAAUAUUAAAUUAAUAUUAUUAUCAUUAUUAAUAACAUCCCGACAAUCGAAUAAUUCAACGUUGCAUUAUUUAAUAAUCUUAAACACGGAAACGAAACAUAUGAGCAGAAGAAAAAAGAAGAGAAAAAAGAACGGACAAAAAAAAAAUGAUAUUUAUCUUAAUUUAUUCAACGUACAUUACAUAUUUCAAUAUUUGUUUAUUAUAUCCAACAAAUGAGAAGAGAAAAAAAAAUGGAAAAGAAAAAACCUUUUAAAUCGUACGGUUGUUAUACCAAUCAUUGAAAAUAUAAUAGUUAUUAUGUUUAAAGAUUUAAAUGAACGAAAAAUCUGAUGAUUUUUCCCCACCUCAUGUCCCCCCCCCCCCCCCCCCCCCACCCUAAUUAUCCUGAUUUCCUCAUCCGUUUAAUUCGCACACCGUUUUUUCAGAAGAGAAGAAAAAGAAAUUAAAGAAAAAAGCAAAAGAAAAUAUUAUCGAGGAUUUAUUUUUCUCUCUCUCACUUCUAUAAUGCAAUGAGAGAAAAAUUGAAGAUUCCGCGAUUCGUCAUCACCACGUAGCCUACAGGUUUUUUAAAAACGAUUUUGUAAAUUUUAACACUAUAUUGUAAAAUUUUUUAAAAUAUUCCAAUUUAUAUAAUCGAACGAUCGCUACAAUUGUUCCACAGGCUCGUCACGUAACGUGUGACACGUAAAUUAUCGACGUUAUAUCAGAUAGAUCACGAUCGAAUCUUUUUCAUUUUCUCCCCCCGCACAAUUUCAAUCAUAUUUAUUCCAAUGCUCUGACAGCUUUCAUUGGAGUAACUAUAUGGAAGAAGAAAAUUGGAGAAUCAAAAUUUUCGGAAAAAAAGGAACAAACAAUUCAACGAUUUCAAGUGAGAUAAGAACAUUGAGGCUGAUACGAAGUUUCACGCUGUCCGGUAUUCUCUGAUUAAACAACAAUAAUGGUAAUAAUAAUAAAUAUCGGAACAAUCUACUGCGAAAAUACGAAAGAAAACGUCAGAAAAAAAACGCGAAAAAGAACCGAAAAUAAAACCACAAAAAUCUGUACAGAUACUAUACCUAUGAUAACGUGUAAUGUAUAAUAAAAUGAGGAGGCAAUUUUAUUCGUUA